GUGUACACUUCUGUCAACACACACACACACACACACACACAUACAAACAAACCCUACAAGAGCCAGAAGAGAGGACUUGUGGCUCCCCGUCCCGGAAAAGACACAAGAGGACACAGAAGUCAGAGACCAUGAUCAAACGCAAACUGAGCUUCAAGUGGUUUGGUAGUCUCACCAGCCUCCGGCGGAAAUCAGACUCUCAGAAGGAUGAUGUCAAAGAGGUGUGCACCGAUGAUAUGGGCAUGCAUCCACGGAGCCCGAGCUAUGCCAGCUCCAGUGAAAUGUACACGCACAUGGGCACCAUGCCACGAAACCCAAAGAAGGACAAAAGCUUGAAGAAGAGCAAGUCCAAGGACAAGACCAACCUCAGUCAGAGUCAAAGCAUGAGACCUCCACAGGACCAUGUCGUUGAUUCCCCACUUCUCAGCGUACUCUCCGGGAAGGGCCUGGAGGCCCUGGAGAACCCCAUCUUGGAGGACAAGCCAGCUGCAGGAACCAGAGAUAAUCACAUUCAGAAUCGUGACCUUCCAUCUCCACCGACUAUGGAUGGACACUCAACAAAGCUGGAAGAUGAAGAUAAGGAGCCAUUAGUUGACUCCAAGCUACAUGUUGAUCCACCAAAUGCAUGUCUAGAAUCUUCACCAGAUCUAAGUGUGCCAGACAAAGGGCCAGACAUCCAGCCAGUGCUGCCCAAGAAGAGACAUAAAGAAGGAGACACCUCCAUGAAGGACGCUGAGGAGCUCCAGGUGGAUGGUAAUUUGAUUCAGUUACCUCUGAAACACAGCAGUCAGGUGGAGCAGAAGCAAGCAGUAGAGGAAGAUGCUAAGAUAAGAUCAGACUGCAAACAAGACAGUCAGGAAGAGAAAGAGCCUAACAGACAGCUGAACGCCAGAGACAACCAAGGAGAAUAUGUGGAAUUCUCCAAGGAGAAGUACCUGCUGGAGUCGCCCCCGGAGAAACUCAGGAAGGAGCUGGAGGAGGAGCUCAAACUCAGUAGCAGUGACAUGAGGAGCCACGGCUGGUACCAUGGCCAUAUUCCACGAGAGGCCUCAGAAACUUUGGUUCUGCGUAGCGGUGACUUCCUCGUACGGGACUCCCUGUCGACCGUGGGUGACUAUGUCCUCACGUGUCGCUGGCAGCAGGAAGUGAUCCACUCUCGGAUCAGUAAAGUCCUGGUCAAAAGCGGGCAAACCAAAAUCCAGUACAUGCUGGAGCAUGAGAGCUUCGACUCUGUCCCCACGCUGGUCAGGCACCACCACGCCACCACACGACCACCUUCCCACCCACCCAACCUAACCCACCUUCUCCGUCCAACCAACAGCACGCUGCCGCUGAGGUACUUGGAGGCGACGUUUGCUUUGGCCGGUGGGAGACCGGGAUCUGCACAUUCACCAUCGACCCAGAGGGGGGCACACAUCAAGAGACGAAGCGUUACUAUGACGGAUGGACUGACGACGGAGAAGAUCAUUCCUCACAGCCCUUCUACAGUGCACCAUAAGGAUGCCAUGAGGAACUGCGCCAUGAGCAUGGAUCAGAUCCAAGAGUACCGCUGCCCACUGUCUCCUGUGGGGGAAACACCUCUAUCACCUGCCUACAGCUCCAUCUCCCGCCACAGACAUGGCUCAGGAGGGCGUGUCCUCGCCGUGAUCCCACCUUCUCCAGUGAUGCGGCGCUCCAGCGAUCCCCAUCUCUCGCCAUCCUCCUCCAAUAACAACCUUCCCUGCUCAGACGCUCCCCCCAGCACCCACUCCAUGCCUGCACACGGUUACCCAUCCGAGAGUUCAGAGCAGGGUGGGAAUUAUUGUGAGCUGAGACCCGGUCAAGCCCCCAUUCCUCCCUGCAAGAGCUACGUAGAGAGGCUGAGGGUGGAGGAGGGCCAAAGCCCGGGCUCUGGAGCCCCAGAUGGGGUGGAGGGCUUCAUGCUCCCCCUGGUGGAGACCAGCUCCUCCUUCAAGCCUGGGAAAUACCAGUCCACUCUUCUGCCAGCCGAGAAUAAACCUCUGGAGAUGAGUGUGUUGAAGAGGGUAAAGGAGCUGCUGGCAGAGGUGGAUCCCAAAACAGCCGCCAAGCACAUCACCAAGGCAGACUGCACGGUUGCUAGGAUACUGGGCGUUACCAAGGAGAUGCAGAGGAUGAUGGGAGUGAGCUCGGGGCUGGAGCUGCUGACUCUUCCACAUGGACACCAGCUGAGGCUGGAUCUGCUGGAGAGGUUUUACACCAUGUCUAUAAUGAUGGCGGUGGAUUUGCUGGGUUGUACGGGAAGCACAGAGGAGAGAGCCGCCCUCCUGCAUAAAACCAUCCAGCUGGCUGCUGAACUCAAGAGCAACAUGGGCAACAUGUUCGGAUUCGCUGCGGUCAUGAGAGCCCUGGAGCUGCCGCAGAUCUCACGGCUCGAGCAGACAUGGAUCACACUGCGACAGAGACACACAGAAGGUGCAAUCCUCUAUGAGAAGAAACUCAAGCCAUUCCUGAAGGCCAUGAAUGAUGGGAAAGAGACCUGUGUCCUCUCGAACACCUCUUUCCCUCCCGUGGUGCCGGUGUUGUCGCUGCUGGAGCGCGGUGUGGCGGCUGGGGAGGCGCUGGAGUCCUGGGAGAGUGUGGAGUCUGGAGUGGACGUGGUCAUGAGUCACCUGGAAGCAGCACGAACCAUCGCUCACCACGGAGGACUGUAUCGCACCAACGCUGAGAGCAAACUACAGGAUUUCCAGGAGCGGAAGGAGGUGCUGGAAAUCUUCUGUACAGAGUUUCAGAUGAGGCUUUUAUGGGGCAGUCGUGGCUCUGAAGGCAGCCAGGCCGAGCGCUAUGAGAAGUUUGACAAGGUCCUCACCGCUCUGUCCCACAAGCUAGAACCUGCUGUACGACACAGUGAAUUAUAGCACCCCUGCACCCAAAAAUGUUAUGAUCCCUGACCUUGCUGUCACUCCUACUCCUGGACCAGACCAUGCUUUUUUGGGGGUGGAGCCGCAUGGGCGGAAAUGGAGAACAUUGACGGACUCACUCCGCAAAA